AUGGCAGGAGUGACCGCAUGGCUUCCCUUCGCCAGGGCGGCAGCCAUUGGCUGGAUGCCCGUGGCCAACGGCCCCAUGCCUGUGGCACCGAGGGACCACAGCAAGAGGAAGGACGAGCUCAUCGUCCUCAACGUCAGCGGCCGGCGCUUCCAGACCUGGAGGACCACGCUGGACCGUUACCCAGACUCCCUGUUGGGCAGCUCCGAGAAGGAGUUCUUCUUCAACGAGGAGACCAAGGAGUACUUCUUCGACCGUGACCCCGACUCCUUCCGGAGCAUCCUGAACUUCUACCGCACGGGUAAGCUCCACUACCCGCGCUACGAGUGCAUCUCGGCCUACGACGAGGAGCUGGCCUUCUUCGGCAUCAUCCCCGAGAUCAUCGGCGACUGCUGCUACGAAGAGUACAAGGACCGCAAGCGGGAGAACGUUGAGCGUCUCCAGGACGACCAGGAGGAGAACAAGGACCUCAAGCUGCCCAACAUGACCGCCCGCGAGACCAUGUGGCGGGCCUUCGAGAACCCCCACACCUCCACCAUGGCGCUGGUCUUCUACUACGUCACAGGCUUCUUCAUCGCCAUCUCUGUGCUCACCAACGUGGUGGAGACGGUGCCCUGCGGCACCUCCACGCAGCAGAAGGAGGUGCCCUGUGGCGAGCGCUACACGGUGGCCUUCUUCUGCAUGGACACGGCGUGCGUGAUGAUCUUCACCGUGGAGUACCUGAUGCGGCUGUUUGCCGCGCCCAGCCGCUACCACUUCAUGCGCUCGGUGAUGAGCAUCAUCGACGUGGUGGCCAUCCUGCCCUACUACAUCGGCCUGGUGAUGACGGACAACGAGGACGUGAGCGGCGCCUUCGUCACCCUCAGGGUGUUCCGCGUCUUCCGCAUCUUCAAGUUCUCCCGCCACUCGCAGGGCCUGCGCAUCCUGGGCUACACGCUGAAGAGCUGCGCCUCGGAGCUGGGCUUCCUGCUCUUCUCGCUCACCAUGGCCAUCAUCAUCUUCGCCACGGUCAUGUUCUACGCCGAGAAGGGCUCGUCGUCCACCAAGUUCACCUCCAUCCCCGCCUCCUUCUGGUACACCAUCGUAACUAUGACGACGUUAGGUUAUGGAGACAUGGUUCCGAAGACAAUCGCGGGGAAGAUAUUUGGCUCCAUCUGUUCGCUGAGUGGGGUGCUGGUAAUCGCCCUGCCUGUUCCUGUCAUCGUCUCCAACUUUAGUCGCAUCUAUCACCAGAACCAGAGAGCAGACAAGCGCCGUGCUCAGAAGAAAGCUCGGCUGGCCAGGAUACGCAUCGCCAAGACGGGCAGCACCAACGCCUUCCUGCAGAGCAAGCGCAGCGGUCUGCUGGACGAGCUGCUGGAGCUCACGGGCACAGAGGCGGAUGAGCAGAAGCUGAGUAAGAGCGUGUCUCUGUUGGAGAGUCAACACUACCACCUGCUGUACUGUCUGGAGAAAACCACAGCCCAUGAGUUUGUGGAUGAGCAGGCGUUCGAGCAGAACAACCUGGAGACGGCGCUGCAGAGCUACACCUCGCCAAGCCCCUCCCCUUCCUCCAGCCACGGAGAGUCCACCUCCACCUGCUGCGGCUGCAGGGCCCGGAGGAAGAACACCGCCCUCCCGGAGCCAGACCCGGGCCCCAGCCCAGGUUCAAAGCCACCCUACCACCACCACCACCCACAGCGGGGUCCCCUACAGGAGCUCAGUGCCAUUCAUAUACAGUGUGUGGACCCCGCGUCACACAAGACCAGCCGCAGCAGUUUGAACCAGAAGGCCGAGGACGGCGGCCGGGUCAACUGCCGGCGGGGCCAGGUCACCACGGCGAUCAUCAGCCUCCAGACGCCCCCGGCUCUGACCCCGGAGGGAGACGGCCUCCACGGGGCCCCCCACCAGCGCCGGCCGCCCCCUCCUCCCAUCCCCCCCCAGGCCCCACCCAGCAUCCAAACCAUGAGCAGCUCCCACAUAGUGAAGGUCUCCGCCCUGUGA